UUGUCAUAAGGUGUAUGCACCAAUUUGUAAGUCGCUCUGGAUAAGAGCGUCUGCUAAAUGACUUAAAUGUAAUGUAAUGUAAAUGUUAUUAGGCCUACUGACAGUCAGUACUGAUAGUGGCUAAUAUUUAACAUGAUAGAAAUAGGAAACGUGGUAGCUUAUAAAUACGACAUUCAAGAGCGCCCCUCCUUGCAAGUUAAAAGGCCAUACAACUGACAUUUUUCGGAAUGUUACAGCAUUUAAUAAACAUUACUGUGGGAAAGUUGAUAUGUUUCAGUUUGCUGCCGUGUGACUGGAUUCACAUUUGUCUCCAGCGUUUACUAGGUCAAAUAUAUCUAAAACAAGUGUCAUUUAUAUUUACAAUUUCCUUUUCCAAAUGGAUUACUCAUAUACCUGGCUCUUAUCAAUGGCACUUAUCAAGUUGUAAAUGACAGUGCAUGGAGAAUGGUGUUAUUUCUAUCUGAAAAAAUCCACUUGGAACCACUUGGAACUGGUUUGUUUGCUAGACGUUAUUCAUGGUUUUCUUGCGUGUACAGGUGGUGGAAUUUUUAAGGAAUUACAGUGAGUGUAAAGUACUUGGUAUUUUUUGGGGUAUCGGUAAUUUACUUUACUAUUUAUAUUUUUGACAACUUUUACUUCACUACAUUCUUAAAGACAAUGAUGUACUUUUUACUCCGUACAUUUUCCUUGACUCCCAAAAGUACUCGUUACAUUUGAAUGCUUAGCAAGACAGGAAAAUUGUCUGAUUCACACACUUAUCAAGAGAACAUCCCUGGUCACCCCUACAGCCUCUGAUCUGGUAGACUCACUCAACACAUGCUUUUGUUUGUAAAUUAUGUCUGAGUGUUAGAGCAUGCCCCUGGCUAACUGUUUGGUUUGGUUUAUAAAAGGAAUUGUUAUUUAUUUAUACUUGUACUUUUACUUUUGAUACUUAAGUAUAAUUUAGCGAUUACAUUUACUUUUGAUACAUAAGUAUAUUUAAAACCAAAUACUUUUAGAAUUUACCUUAAGAAGUAUGUUACUGGGCGACUUUCAUUUUCUACUUAAUUUUCUAAUAAGGUAUCUUUACUUUUACUCAAGUAGGAAAUUACUUUUUCCACCACUAGGGAAUUAAGUCAAGAUCAGAGACACUAGACACACCUCUGCCACACCUUCAAUUAUUCUCCACCCAAAAAGCCAGAUUCUGACCAGAGUUAUUCCCUUUUUAUGCACUUUACUCUCUAUGCGUAUUCUGACCUUGAACUUAAGUAUGUUUGAGUGGCAAUCGAAUAAAUGAAGUGUGUGGCGGAUUAUAUAUUUUGAUUUGUUUAACAUUUUUUUGUUACUAUAUGAUUCCAUAUUUGUUAUUUCAUAGCUGUGAUGUCUUCACUAUUAUUCUACACUGUAGAAAAUAGUAAAAAUAAUGAAAACCCUUGAAUGAGUAGGUGUGUCCAAUUUUUGACUGGUACUGUAUAGGCUAUAGCCUGUCAUGUCUACCCCGCUCCAGUGCUCGAUGUCUCCAUUCUACUCACCACCGGGCCUGGCAACCCUCAUUACGCACACCUGCGCUUCGUUAUGAGCCACACCUGGACUCCAUCACUACCCUGAUUACUUCUCUUUAUAUAGCACUCCUUUUUUUUUUUAUCACCCACCAGGCAAUAUUGUUUAUGUUUUCCAUGUUCGACAGUGUCUUUGGUUUGCAUCCAUCAAUGUUCUUUGUAAUUAACUCACUAACUGCACUUGUUUCCUGACUCCCUGCGAUUACAUUACAGAAUCUUGCCUCUCAAAAUGGAAGCAGCAGCCAACCGAGACAUCUCCCAGAUGGUCGACGAACAGGGAGACCUACUUCGCCGGCAGCACAAUCAGCUAGCGCAACUAGGGAGGGUGGUGGAUGAGGUCCUCUUAAGAGGCGUCACCCCCAACGAGCGGAGGAUCCUCUACCAUGAGUCGAGCCAGCCCAUUCAGCAGUCUGCUCUGUGCUCUCUCUAUUUUCCUCAGCAAAAGGGUGCCCCCACUACCGAGCGGUCCAAGGUUGCCAAGGUUAUUUCCCUGUUGACAGGGCAUGCGUUUGGAUCGAAUACGGCCAUCUGGGAGAGGGGAGAAGCUGGGUUCUUAUGGGAGGUUCAUGGUGCUGUUCAGAGGAGGCUUCGAUUAUCCACCGGAGGGCAGAGAGGGGGGAUGAGCACCUACUCCAACUACGGCAGGAGGUCCAGACUGUUGCGGAGUUCGCACUCACCUUUCGUACAUUGGCAGCAUCCAGCAGAUGGAAUGACCCGUCGCUCCACACCUUAUUCCGAAGAGGAUUUGCGUGAAGAGGUCCAGACAAAGCUGGCAUGCCGAGACGACACCCUCUCAUUGGAUGCACUCAUCGCGAUGACCAUCCGUCUGGAUAACCUCCUUUGGGAGCAUUGGCACUCCAUCGCCUCUCUCCCUCUUUCGUUGACGGAUAUGAGUUUAAGCCUGACCCCUUGGAGGUAGGGGCUACAACGCCUCCCCGCGGCUGAGUGACGCCGCCGGAAACAACUGGGGCUCUGUCCCUAUUAUGGCCAGGAGGGACACCAGCUUCAACGAUGUCCGCUACAUACUAACCCGUUCCAUCAGGUUUCCGUCUUGGGAUAUGGGAUCAGCCCACAGGGAGUGGUUAUGGAGGAGAGGAAGGAAGAUGGGUGGUCAGAUCAUGCAUGGCCAGUCCCAACCACCAUAAAGGGACAACACAGGUUUUUGGGGGUUGCCAACUUUUAUUACCGCUUCAUCAGGAACUUUAGCUCCAUCGCCUCUCAACUCUCUCCUCAAAGGUGUUCCCCCGUAAGUUGGCAUGGAAUGCUGCAGACGGUGCUGAAACACCCAGACCCCUCGCUGCCCUUUGUAGUGGAGGUGGGCGUGGGGGCCAUCCUGUCACAACGUCAAGGUAAUCCACAAACUGUAUCCAUGUGCAUGCUACUCUAAACUGUGUCGUCACACAGUUCCAUGGUUAGUGCACGCAAGACGCGGAUACAGCCUACUAUUGUACAUUUAAUUUAAUUAUUUUUUAAAUACACAUUUUGUAUCUACCAAUUGCUGCUGAAAAGAUGACGAAUAUGCAUAUAUUUAGAGGUAUUUCUUUGAUUUAUCCCUAAUAUUCUGAGUCUGUCAGCUAAAAGGUGCACUGUAUUUAAAGAUGGCUUAAUAUAAAUGUACUGAAAUUAAAAAUCCAUGAGAAAAUCUGUUGGCCAGAACAUAGGAGUGUUCUGGUUAAUUGGUUGGUGGUUAAUUAGUGGUUAAUUACAUUUAUUCAGCGCAUGCAAGGGAUCCACACCUACAAAGCCCAUUACGCACCUUCAUAAGGUAAGUCUGAAUACCAACUACAGAGAAGUGCAUACUGUAGGAAAGGUUCUAUUUACUAAGUCUGAAUCAGGACCAAAACAAAUAGCAGGUGAAUAGCACACUAUUACAGUACUCAUAGAGAAAAGUGCACAAAAGGGAAAUUACAGUACGUUCCAUUUACCCUUCACUCCUGUCGGAAUCGGGCCCCAUGUCAGCCUGCAAAGCCAGUUCUGCUUACAAAUAAUGACAGUCUUGGGGUCUUGUUUUAUAAUGUCCUUAGACACAAUUGUAUGAUCCAAUCUGUGUAUGUCCAUGUUUUGGUUCAUAACCAUUGCACUUGAAAAUGUGAUUUAUUGUUUUUAAAAAAAUGCAUUUAGACAUUUUUGUAACUGAAAUGUUGUAUAAAAACGGUGUACAUUUUAUAAAUCAAGACACUGUAUAUGACCUUGUACAACUACGACAAUAAAAUGGCCCUGCUGAUGAUGAUGCAGACCCCAGUAUAGAAAUAGUGAAAUCUUGACUCAGGUAAUUCAAUUCAGAUGAAUCUGCACUGCCCUUUGUCCUGCUUGUAAUAAUAGAAUAGUUGGGUUUGGAAAGUAUAAUGAUGCUGCACACAACCCCAGUAAUUCACCCCACUGAUUGCUUGUCUGGCUUUGAGUUGAAUGAACAGGAGAGAGCCGGAAAGCUAUUCUACUCGGUCCUGAUAUUAAACUCCUCUACCACUGUCAUGGAAAUUGAUGUCGGAUUGAUUGUAUGCGGAGAUAAAUUCAGGUUAUUUUAUUGUUCCUACGGUUCA